AUGUACCUGUUCCUGCUCUUCCUCGUCUCCCCGAUCGAAAGCUUCCCCUCUCAGUCGCCCGAGCCAUGCCCGUCUGGCCGUGGAGAAUGCAGGAGGAUGAAGGAGUGUCCCGCAGAAGUGGCAAUGUUUAAUGAAAAUCCUUCCAUCCUGCCGUCGCUAUUGUGCUCCAUGGAUCCCUCCGGUGAUCCUAUGAUCUGCUGCAACCAAACACCACCACUCCCGGAAGGCAGUAGUGAACAGACUACAAUCCGAAUAAGCAGAGCCAAAUGCAAUGAGUACCAGCAGGUGCUGGCGGAGAACACAGACUGCGAACAUAACCAGCAGCCAUUGAUUACCGGAGGAGUAAAUGCUGACCCUUUUGAGUUCCCUCACAUGGCUCUCCUGGGAGUGAAGCUGGAAAACGGAACCCUGCGCUGGAUAUGCGGGGGGAGCCUCAUCAGCCGCCGAUGGGUCCUCACGGCGGCCCACUGCCUGCAGUUCGAGUGGGUCCGAAAUUACCACGACAUCGCUCUGCUGAGACUGGAUCGAGAGGUGCCUGUUCGGUUCAUCAUAUCCCCGGCGUGUCUGGCGACUGACGAUGACGUUCCACCGCCAGGGACCCACCUGGUUGUGGCUGGAUGGGGGCACACGGCCUUUGGUGGGAAUGCGUCGACAGUCCUGCAGAAAGUGUCGGUUCCGUUGAGCGAUACGUUCGAGUGCGAUGUCACGGUCGCGAGAUAUUUCAUCCUGAGGAGGCGGUUUCCCAGCGGCACGGGGGGGCGAGUCCUCUGCGCCGGCGUGCUAGGCAAAGACUCGUGCCAGGUAAUGCAAGGCUGCCCCGUCGCCGAAGGAACUCCGACCUCCAUCGGAAAUUCUGCUUCCGUUUUGCAGGGAGACUCGGGCGGGCCGCUGAUGCUCCCUCGCGAUGGAGAAAAUAAACGCUGCCAGCACUACCUUCUGGGGACGGUGUCUACGGGCGCUGGGUGCGGCGCUGCCGUUUUUCCGGGAUUCUACAUGCAUGUUCCCUCCUACCUGGACUGGAUUGAGGGCAUUGUCUGGAAGAAUGACCCGUGA